AUGGACCCCGACUGUUGUGACGGCGAACCUUGCCUGCUGAGCAAUGAUGCUCCUCAGACUUGUCACAAGGCAUCCGGUCUAUCCAGAAAACGUAAAGGUGUGCCUGCUACCCGGUCAGCAAAGAAAGCGUCUUAUGAUGUUAAGCUGGACCGAAGCAAAGAACCCAGCACGGUAUGUCCCGGAAGUCUGUGUGUCCGUGAAAUCGGAUCCAAGGAGGAACUACCGGACAACAUUAGAUGGAUGAAAAAGACGAAGAUGAUUUCACAUGACCUAUCAGCUCCAGAGAGCUUGCCUGUUAAUGAGACCCAUGCAUCUCACACGUGUCGGGCAAUUAUGCGGCAAAUCCAACAGCCUCCAGCGCACGCCGACACAAGGGGCUAUAUGUACGGUAUGUACACCUCCGGUAUGUACGGAGGUGUUAAUGCACCAUUCAUUAAAAUGGUUGAUGACACAUCCCAGGUUGAGGCGGUGUCCCCCGUUGGCGAAGUCUGAAGAGAGGAUGACCGUUUGUUUCGAAAUUGCUUAUUUCUCUUCUUUUACACAGUGUCACACAAUUGGAUGACACUUGCCUGUGGACAAACGACCAUUGUGCUCCUUCCCUCUUGCUUUGGAUUCGUGGAGUCUUUCAGCAGUGCCGACGUCUACUACCUAAUGUUUUCCAGGGAGAACCCGGCUUUCACCAUCAAAACUGAAUAUCCUACAACCCUUAUCGGAGGGCAACAACAAAAGAGCUCUCAUGGUCCCUGCGCUAUUGCACUCCAGAUUCCAACAAGUAAAACUUUGGAAACAUUAGCCAUUCAUGUGAAUCGGGCAAAAGCAUACCAAACGGAUGGAGACUCGAAAAGACGUCACCCAGUUGAUGUAACAUUGCGUUUCUUCUAUCGAACGACCGGCGUAAAUUUCAAGCCUCUACAUGAGAUAAGCAUACCACGCUCUGGCACUGAAAACCAAUAUGAACAAAUCCGAAAUUGGCCAGAGAAUAUUACUGUGGUAUAUAUGACCACGGGUCAAGACAAAACAGAGGAAGGUAAAACACAUCUAGACUUGUCUUUGACAUUAACCCCUGUGUACCGCUGCCUUUAUGAGCAAUAUUCAUUUCAAAUGGUGAUUGUUGCCCUUACAACCAGUGGAGGCAGGCCUGAAUAUGCUGUUCGAAUCAAUCGAAACUACAUGAUCUGUGUUAGACCAUCAAAAACAGCACCAAACCCAGUGGGGCUGUGCAUUUCUCGAAGUCUUCGUUGUGACUCCCAAUACAAUUGUCCGCCUGAAACCGAAGGAGUAUACAAGGAUGAACCGAAAGAUUUAUCACUAUGCAGACGACCUGAGAAGAGAAAAUCAAUAAAUUGGCACGUCGUCUACAGUUUGCUGGUUGCAUUUUUUACACUUGCCAUGCUGUUCUCCAUUGUGUUUUUCGCUGUCGACUGCCGAUGUCAGACAUGGAAAAAGUUAAUGAGACGAAUCCAGACAAGAAGAAACCAGACGGAUAUUGCAAGCGUUAUGUCAGAUUCGGAAAUACCCCUAGCACCACCUUAUUAUGAAUCCAUCGAAACGGUUCCGGUUCGGACGAGCACUUGUGGCCUGUGCCCACGAACACAAACCCCCAUGAGCAGAAGAGAAACCAUAUAUGAAUCUCCUCCGUCUUAUACGCGAGACAUUAUCGACGAUACCGGUGUUGCUCCGAACUUCCUAAGACAGUUUUAUUCAAGGCAUCAGAGACACGAAGAAGGAUACUCUGUUAGUAGCUCGUAUAUACAACCUCCAGGCUACCGGAAUUUCACAUCUCCCCUAUUUGGGCCACGCGCCCAAGAUCCGCCUACAUUACGCUCUUGGACAGAGUCCGUGGACCAUAACGAUACCGAAAGGACGACAACAGACCCACCGAGUUAUCGGGCUGUUCUGACCAGAAUGGAUGAGACAACGCGCGCUUCCUCAAUAACUUGUGUAAAUGUACAUCACCCAAGCUGA